AUGGAUACAAGAAGUAAACAAAGUAGUGAAUAUGAAAAUGAUAAAGUUGAAGUGGAUGAUGAUAAUGAUGCACAAAACAUGUCUUUUGACAGUAUUGGAAGUGCAAUAUCAGUGAUGAGCCUUGAAGAUAACUUUGAAAAUAUAUUAGAUUCUUCUGAAGAGCCUGAAAUUUUUGAAGAAUCUGAAAAUCCUAAUUCCAAAACUUGCACAGAAUUUCCUAAUGAUGCUUAUAAAGAUCUAAUGUUAUUAGUAACGAAAUACAAAAUAAACAAUAAAGGUGGUAAUGAAAUAAUACGAUUUUUUAAUAAACAUUCAAAUCUUACAGUAUCACCAUUACCAAAAAAUAUUGAACAGGGACAAGCAUUUAUAAAUAACAUGAAGUUUUUUAAUUUAGAAUUUAGUAAAGUCCUCAUAACAAAACAUAAGAAUAAAGAUUAUUUUCUUUAUUAUCAAAAUUUAAUACAGUGCAUCAAAAAUAUUUUAGCUAUUCCUGACAUAAUACAAAAUUUUGCGCUAUCUUACGAAAACUUUGAGAUAAAUGGCAAAUAUUAUUUAAUCCAAUAA